AUGCUGCCUCCUCUCGAACGCUUUCUCAUUCUCUCCGAUGAGGCUGAAUUCGAGAAUUAUCGUCUCAAGAAUGAAAAUCAUCACGAUGCUAGUGAAGAAAUACUCCACUUGACAUCAUGUAUUUUGAACGGAAACUUCUUUCCAAUUCACGGUGAAUCGUACCAAAAAGUCUUCUCUUCAAUAUUUGCAUCUCUGUCAAGCCUCGACGGUACUCAAAAUUAUGCAACAAUUAAAUCAUUAUUAGAUGAAUGCUAUCAGAAUUUAGAGAAAUCCAUAUCGGAAUUUGUUGAACAGACUCCACAAAAUUCAAUACUCCUUUUACUCUAUGGUAUUCUUUAUUUACAUACUAGUGAAUAUUUACAAGUUGAAUCAACACAUAAUAUUGCAAAGUAUAUUCAAAAGUAUGCCAUUUCAAAACUUUCAAUUAAUGGAGAGACCGCUUUUGCCAUGACAACAAUUCCACACUAUUUACUUGUUGCAAAAUGUUUUUUGGAUAACAACCUGAUUAACAACUUGGAAAGCUAUGAGUGGUGGAGAGUUAGAGUAAAUAUCAUUCACCAAAAGUUGAUGACCUUUUCGACCGAAACUUUGUUAAAUGCAGUUACUAGAAGCUUUGAAAUUUUGGAUUCAAAAUUCCCAACUGAGAAUUUCAAUGUAGAAGAUGAUGAAUUGAUUGCAAGAUAUUAUGUUGAGAAGGGAUUAGUAGAUUAUCACUUUAAUAGACAAAAAUUUGCUCAACAUAGUUUUGAAAAAGCUAAACUUGUUACUGGCCUCUAUCUUAAUGUGACAGGAAAACUUGGUGUGAAAACCAAAUAUCAAUCUUUUAAAACCUCACACCUUGUGUUAGAAGCAAAAAGUAGAACAGUUGACAACAAGACAGAAGAAUCAAGACUUCCUGAGGUUGUGCAACACUAUGAAGAUACUCAUUUACUUGAAAAACCGUCCAUCGACUUGGCUGAAAAUGAGCAAGAUUUAUCAAAAUCUGUUUUGCGAGUCAUCGAUCAAGUGAUCAUUCUUGCCAAGUGCAUGGACCUAAAGAACACGAACCCAGAGCAUGGUCUUACCAAAGAAGAAAUGAUGCCAUAUAUUCUCAGAGUCAUUGAGCACCCACAAAAUUGGCUUGUUCAAUCCACAGCAUUAUGGCUACGAGCCAGGCUGGAGAGUGACAAAAUUAAUCACCUAGUUCGAAGUAUUGAACAGUUUGAAAAGCUUGUCUCUCACUUGAAAGAUACUGAACCAUCUGUUUCCUCACGUAUCAAAUAUUUCUAUUGUCUUGGGUAUCCGCCAAUAUUUGACUUGCAGAGAGAAUUGGCAUUUAUUUACUCGAAAUCAGGUCUCCUUGAAAGUUCUCUAGUGAUUUUCAGAAAAUAUGGAAUGUUUGAGGAAAUUAUGAAAACUCUCAUUUCUCUUGAUCAAGAAAAUAGAGCAAAGAAAGUGGUUAUUGAAAAGUUAUUGGAAGAGCCAGAUAAUCCUCUCUUAUGGUGUAUGCUUGGAGAUUUGAAACGUUCUGAAAAUCUUCGUCAAGAAUAUCAUGUCGAAGGUGAAGAACAAAUUCUCUCUCAAUACCCAACUUGUGUGGACAUGUAUUUGAAGGCAUGGGAAGUUUCAGAAAAGAGAUUUGCAAGAGCCAAACGUGCCCUAGGAUAUUAUUACACUGAAAAACAGGAACAUGAAAAAGCCAUUCCUGAAUUUGAGGAAUCUCUUGCGCUUUCUGCUUUGCACACAAAUGCUUGGUUUAUUUACGGAUUUUGCUGUAUGAGAUGUGAAAAGUGGGAUAAAGCACAAACUGCUUUUUCCAGAGUGACACAACAAAAUCCAGAGGAUGCUGAAUCAUGGAGUAAUUUAGCCAAUGUUCGUUUACAUCAAGGACAAAAAAAGAGUGCAUUCAUAGCGUUGAAAGAAGCAGCUCGAUUGGCAUACGACAGCUGGAAAAUAUGGCAAAAUUUCCUCUAUGUUUCUAUUGAGGCCAAUGAAUUUGAUUACGCCAUUACAGCAGUUAAAAGAUUGGUAGACAUCAAAGAAGACAAAAAACUUGACACGGAUGUUUUCUUCUUAUUUUUGAGGGUGUUAAAGAUUUUAUUGGAAAAGUCGCCCGUACCUCAUGGAGAACAUCUGAAAGAAGAAUUGUUGAAGAUGUUCGAAAAGAUUACUGAUAAAAUUUCGUUAGAUCCUCAUGUUUGGAAAUCUUAUGCUGGAUACUAUGAAAUUUUAGCAGAUUCCAUCAAAGAUGAAUUGAGCGAAGAAAAAAUCAAAUAUUUGGAGCAAGCUGUAGAUAAGCGACAAAGGCUAUGCAGAAGUUUGCAAAUGUCAGGAUGGGAAAGAGAAAAAUCUAAGUUUGAAUUGGUUGCCUUCUCGGUUUCUGAGCUUGUAAAAUUGCAAAUUCGUGUGGCCAAAUGGUUCAAGGAACACAAUCAAGAAGAUAAGGAAGUUCAAUAUCUUUCCAUGGCUGAGGACAUUCUUAAAUCAGUCACCAAACGAUCUCAGGAAAUAUUCAAGAAUUCGGAAGAGUUUACUGAAUUAUCUCAACUGCUAGAUCAAGUGCGAGAGGCGUUGAAAUAA